AUGUUAAUUAAUGUACACCUAUUCAUUUAUAAACACCAUACUAUCUCUAGAAAAGUAAUAAUAUUUUUUAUGUAAUAGCAAACUAAUACAAUUUGUUAAUUACCCUUAAGGCCAUAAAGAAGAGCAAAUCUAGAUUAUGAUAUUAGGAUUAAGACUGUUGAGUCUAAUCAUUUCGAACUUUAAUUUUUAAAGGACGUCAUGCUUCAUAUUUACAGCUUUGCAAUCUAACCUGAACCUGCUUAGGAUUCAGAAAAGGAAAUAAGAAAGAAAUUUGAUGAAUUUAAAGAUGAAAUUUACAAAGCAGGAAUUAAAAGGUAUUGCAUCACAGGAAUGAAUCUUUGGAGCUAUCAAUUAAGAUAGGAUGCCAUUCAUUUAGAAAAAGUGGUGAAUAAAGAAGGGAAGAUGAUAUUAGAUAUCAAAUAUAUUAAGACAAUUAAUUUAAAAGAGAUGACCAAGUUUGAUGAUUAAUAAUCAAUAAAUGUGACCAAAUAAGCUGUUAAUGCUAUACUUAAGUAACUAUAUGAAUAGAGAAACAUGAAAGAGUUGUUUGGAAAAGGUAAAUUUUAUGAAUCCAACAUAAAUUAAGAAAAAAAUCUCUAGAAGUUUAACGUUGGCUACAUGAAAGGUUUCAGAAGUGCACUUUGCAAUGGUUAAUCAUCCCCUUUACUUUAAAUAGAUUAUAGUGUAAAGUUAAUCAAUACAUAUACGAUAUUGAAGAUGAUUUCAGAUUUGAAAUGGAAAUUCGAUAAACAUGAAAUAUAUGAAAAAUUAAGUAAAAAACUAAUUGGAUAAUCUGGGCUUGCUCAGUAUUCGAAUCGAUUCUAUAGAAUCAAUGAUAUAGACUUUUCUAGAAAUCCAUAAUCCAUGAUGGAAGAUGGAAAAACUACAUACCGUUAAUAUUAUUAAUAAAGAUACAAGAUUACUAUUAAGGAUUUAUCCUAGCCUUUAUUGGUCCAUUAUACAAAAAAGGGAUAAUAAAUAAGAUUGAUUCCUGAAUUAAUGCUGUUAGCUGGAAUAACAGAAGAACAAAAAAAUUGCAAUUAACUCAAAAAAGACCUUAGACCUAUAUUAAUUGUCAAUCAAAACGAACGAUAAUAAAGGAUUAUGAAUGAAAGAAGUGUAUUAGAGCAAUUGAUGAAAGAAUAAAAUAUAAUCCUAAAAUCUAAUUCUAAAACAUAAGCUUAUGAAAUAAAGAAGCCAGAAAUCUAUGCUGAAGGAGAUAUAAAAAGUUUUCCUGGUGGAUGCUUUGAGAUAAAAAAUAAAUUUUAUUAAUAAAGUGAACUAAAUAGCUGGGUUUUAAUUUAUAAUGAUAGAGAACAAUAAUUCGCCGAUAUUUUUGUAAACUAACUAAUAUAUAGUGGAAAACAUUAUGGAUUAAUUUUUUCAUAACCUAUUCGUUUAAAGGUUCAAAGUUAUCAAAGUUAAGAUUGGGUAUCUUGCCUUAAAGAAGAUUUUGAGAAGAACGGAAUACCAAAAUUGGUAGUUUCAUUAAUAGAUCAAAAAGAAGAUAAAUAGAUUUAUCAAGAUUUAAAAUAGUAUUUAAUUGCUAAGGAAGGCGUAUCUCAUCAAAAUGUCACUUUAUAAGUGAUUGAAAAAGAAAAAUUUGGCGCAAUAGUUCCUAAAAUAGUCCAAUAAAUACAUAGCAAAUUAGGAAAUUAAACAUGGAAUAUAUAAAAGAUAAAAGAGAUAUCAGAUAAUAUUAUGAUUAUUGGAAUUGAUGUUUAUCAUAAAACAGUUUAAAAAAAUGAUUCUUGUGUUGGAUUCAAUGCUUAAUUUGGAUAGUAAGGCUAUGCUAAUUUUACUAAAACUCUAAUUGUAUAAAAAGGAAAAGAAAUCAAUAGAGAUGUUGCCAUGUUACUAGAACAAAGCUUGGAAGAAUAUAAAAAUUAUAAUAAUAAAAUAUUACCUGAUACAAUUAUAGUAUUUAGAGAUGGAGUAGGUACUUCAUAGAUAAAUAAAUUAUAUUAGGAGGAGGUAGUAACUAUGAAAGAAAUUAUUAAGCAAAAAUAUAAUUUAAAAUUGCCAGAAUUUGCAUUUAUAAUGGUGAAUAAGAGAAUAAAUGAUAGAUUCUUUUCAUAAUCAAAAGAGAAUUUUGGAAUGAUUGUUGCAGAUAGAGUUGUCUCGUCUCAUUUUGAUUAUUUCUUGAUUGCAUAAUAAGUCAAUUAAGGAACUGCAACUCCUACACAUUAUACAGUUUUGGAAAAUUCAACCAAGUGGACUGAAGAUUAAUUUUGGAAAUUCACAUUUUAUUAAUGUUUCAAUUACAAAAACUGGUGUGGCCCAGUUAAAAUACCAGCUUGUGUUUAGAAUGCCCACACUGCGGCUUAUAGAGUUGGCGAGGUUAUCAAAGCCAACGCGAGCUAUUACUUGGAAACCAAAUUAUUUUAUAUAUGA